UUACAAAACAGCAGGUUUCUGACUUGCUUGUUGUUUUGCCUGAUAAUCUCUCGCUGCUUCAGAAGAAAACAUGGAUGGCCCAAGUCCAAAAAAGAAAGCCAAAACAACUGAUUUACCAGUCUGUCCGUAUGGGUCAGGAUGUUAUCGAAAAAAUCCACAGCACUUCAAAGAAUUUUCUCAUGCAGACGAUGAUAGUAAACCAGCCUCAUCAAAACCAAAAGAUUCUUCGCCAUUAGUUGACAGUACUUCACUCCCAAUUUGCAAAUAUGGAGCCAAUUGUUACAGGAAAAAUCUUUUACAUUUUGCUGAGUACUCUCACCCAACAGCAGUGACAUCUACAGACAGUGGAAGUGACACUGAUCCAGUGUCAGAUGAUGAUGAUACUGAUGAUAAAAAGAAAUCACCAAAGAAAAAAGUGAAGGAUAUUGACAUUUUAAAGAGAGGGGUUUCCCUAGUGAAAAACUAUUCACAGAUGUCAGAAGAAGAAAGAAAAGAACUGAUUAAGAAGGCCAUGGCUGCUAAGAAACAGCUAGAGGAAGAAUUACAAGCAACAAAGAAUGAAGUAAAGAAGAAAGAUGAAGAAUUAAAUAGGUUACAGAAAGAGGUUGCAGCUGGUGCUUUAUUGAUGGAGGGAGAAAAAGAAGCAAUGGAAGGAAACAAAGUUGUGUACUUUGAUUUGUUUCCUGAGAGAUCAUAUAAAGAAGGAUCAGCUGCACAAACCCACUUCAGACUUGCAGAGUCACAGUUUUAUAGGCUGAUCAGUGGCAGUGGAAAUAAUUAUACAGUUACUAAAGUACAGUAUGCUGUCAAUCCACCACUUGUUAAACAAUUCCAUGAAUCAAUGGAAGAUUUGAAGAAACAAAGAGGAGAAGAGUUAUCUUUUCCAGUGCUAGCUUUUCAUGGAACUGAACAGAAAAAUAUCAAACCUAUUGUUGAAAAUAAUUUUAAAGUGCCAGGUGAAAAAGGUUUUACACAUCGUACAGAUACUGGAUGGUAUGGUAAAGGUGUUUACUUCAGUGAAUACCCCUCAUACUCCAUGGGAUAUAUUUCAGGAGCCAGUCAGCUGCUUCUUUGUCAGGUUUUGCCAGGGAAAGUAUUCCAUUGUACAAAUCUGAUCCAUGGAGCAGCACUGAAAAAAGGAUAUGACUCGCAUAUGUCACCAGACAAGAAAGAAUUGGUUGUUUUCAACUGCCAUCAUAUAAUCCCAGCUUACAUUGUGCAUUACACUGGAUCAAAAGGAGACUUCAAAUAUAAAGCACCAACAGGUAAAGGAACAGGUAAAGGAGGGGCAUCAUCUAACAAAGCUUCUGGUGAUGAUAAUCAGCAACUUGAUCUUAUUUGUGACGAAGCAGAGCUUUCAAAAAAAGGAAUGCUUGCAGUGAGUGCUAAGGCUACAAAAGUAUUUAAAGGUCAACAGAUUACAUUUACUGGCAUCUUUCAACAUACACAAGCAGAAAUGUAUAAAUUAGUUGAGAAACAUGGUGCCAAGAAAGGCACUGCUGCUUCAUUUAGUUUUUUGAUAGCAAGUCUAGAUGAAUACUGCAAUUUGUCAAGCAAAUGUGCACAAGCAAAUAAGAAAAAUGUUCCGAUUUUAGGAGAAAUGUUUGUUUAUGACUGUAUACUUCAGAAGAAAAUGUUAGAUCAAGAUGAUUACAAUAUGGACAUCUUAUUUUCAAAGAAUCAACAAUGAAAGACUUGAAGGCAGCUAUUUGAAUGACAUUCUUGAAAACAUCAUUUAUAAAGGAAGGUAGAAUUGUUUUGAAGAUAUCUAAUUUCAAUAACUCAUUUAAUGUUGGGAUUUGAUUGUGGUAAAUGAUCCAGAAAAUACACACUUGUUCUUGUUAAAUGAAUUAUGUUAUUGACAUUGGUUAACAACAGAAUUGUUGGAUUCUAUUAGCAUUGUACAUUCAUUUGGUAGGUAUAAUGCAAGCAAUUAUACAACUAGAUUUUUAUUUUAUAUUCAGUGUUGCAGUAGAAUGCUAGGUAUUGAUAUAGUAAUAGUGUAAAAUAUUUUCAAAAGAAGUAUGGCCACGAAGGCUUUAAAUUAACCCUAAGAACCUAAUCUUUGUAAUACCACAUGUAGCUUCAAGAGUAUCAAAUUUCACUAGUUUUUAACCAAAUUGCAUGUUUUUAUGCAUUUGUAAGGUUUAUUUCCAUCUGAAAAACAUUGGCCACACCCUUUGAUCAAAAUGAAGUUGUUUUAAAAAGAUGUUUAUUUGUCAGAUACACAUCCUGACAAAAAAUAUGAUGGUCCUUGCAUGUGGCUAAUGUUGUUUGAAGCAAAAGCUAUUAAAAUUUAGGCAAAAAAUUAGUCAAAGUUAUGAUUUUCUUCAUUAGAGUGCACAAUAAUGACGUCAUAAAUACAAUACUAUCUGUCUUUUGUCACAUUGUGUAUAUAUGAUGUAUUGCCAUAGCAUGUCAUGUAUGCUCUUGCAAAUAAAUGUUCAUUUAUUUAUUAUAAUUGUUCUAUUGUGUCAGAGCUUGUAGAAUUUGUAUUUGUCAAAUAAUUUUACUUAUUUUGUCACCAAAUUUUUAUUUUUAUUACUAAAGUUCAAUUUCAUAGAAUUUCAGGGCCAAUAUGAACCCUUUAUAAACCUACUCCUGUAGAAAUUAAAGUACCAUACUCAUGUACAGUUUAUAAAAUAUUUUAUUCAAAAUAAAUGAAAUCGAUUGGGCAUCAAAGCUGACAUAAUCCUCUUCUUUGUUAUCCCCUGCACCAUGGUUGCGGGGACAUAUCAAUACUGUCCAUCUGUCCGUCUGGUCUUGUUAUCGCUCUCACUAGGUACAAUUCUUGUCAUAUUUUUACAAAACUUAUAUCAAAGGUUUAUGUCAGCAAUGUCUAGGACGAGGUCGAAAAUCAGUGCCGACCAUCUAUUUUUUUCCCCCACAUGACGUGUUGCAGGGGACAUAGAAAUACUGCGUGUCAGUCCAUCCUUCCGGUCUUGUUUGCACUCUCCCAUGUACAAUUUUUGCAAGAUUUUUAUAAAACUUAUAUCAUAGGUUUAUAUCAGCAAUGUCUCGAACAAGUUCGAAAAUCAGAGCUGAAUUAUUUUUAAAAGAAUUAUGCCCCUUGGAAAUAUUAAUUAUAUGGAAAAUUGCAUUGUUAGUGCUCUUAUGUGUAUAAUUUUUGCCAAUUUUUUAUCAAAUUUAUAUCUAAGGUUUAUAUGAGCAAUGGACAAUUUUGAAAAUCAGUGCCAAUCAAAUAUUUUUAAAAGAGUUAUGUCCCUUGGAAGUAUUUAUUAUAUUUGAAAUUGCAUUGUAUUUGCUGUCAAGCCUUCAUUUGUAUAAGAUAUUUGUAAAAAGUUUUAAAGAAUAAAAAAAAAAGUUUUUUUUUUUAGUUAGUACCCUUGGAUAGAUAAAAUAUGUGCAACACAGGGGACAAUGGAACUCUGUUCUUUUAUUAAAAGAGUUAUGCUCCUUGAAAAUUUCAUUUUUUGUUAGGGCUCUCAUGUGUACAAUUCUUGCCAGAUUUUUUUAAAACUUUCAUCAUAGGUUUAUAUCAGCAAUGUCUCUGACAAGUUCGAAAAUCAGUGCCGAUCAAUUAUUUUUUAAAGAGUUUUAUUCCCCUUGGAAAUAUUGAUUAUAUGGAAAAUUGUAUUGUAAGUACACUCACGUGUACAUAUUUUGCCAGAUUUUUAUCAAGUUUAUGUCAAAAGAAUAUAUAAGCAAUGUCUCGGACAAGUUCGAAAAUCAGUGCAGAUAGAUUAUUUUUAAAAGAGUUAUGCCCCUUGGAAAUAUUAGUUAUAUUGGAAAUUGCAUUGUAUUUGCUCUCAAGCCUUCAUAUCUCUCCGAUAUUUAUAUAAAGUUUUAAAGAACAAAAAAUAGAUUUUUUUUUUAGUUAUUGCCCUUGGAUAGAUAAAAUGUGUGCAACACGGGGGACAUUGGAACUCUGUUCUUUAGUAUGUUUUAACAUUAUAGUUUUGCAAUUGUGACAAUCAGCAUUUUUAAAACAUGCUAAUUAUCUGAAAAGAAAUGAUUAUGUCCAUACCCUAACCAAUAGUUAAUAUACAUCUAGUCUUUUUGUCUUUUGGUCUUUGAUGGAAAUUGAUGAUCUUAGAAUGUUGCACAGAUUACACAUUCACUGCUAUUCUUUUCAAUACUGUAAUCAAAGUCUUGUCUUUCUAGUUUUUGUUGAUUUGUUUCAUGUAUAUUUUAAAUCAAUAGCUCAAGACUCAUUUGUAAUAAACUUGCAGAACAGGAUUUCACCUACAUUUUCAUUUUGUUUCACCAUUUUUAACCAGAUUUUCGAAGUAAAUAUCGGUUAUUGAUUUGGUGUUGUAUGGCAGGCAAGGGGGCGGGUGCCAAACUGUCCAUUCAAUAACAUGAAAACGCUUUAAUGAAAUUUUUUCAAAUUUAGGUAUGUUGUUUCCUGUGACUAAAUGAAGGUCAAGUUCAAUUUUCACAUUUUUGGUUUCUCCUUGUUGAGUUAUCGCCCUUUUUAAUAUCCAAAAGUGGUAUUUAUAAUGUGAUUGAGUUAUUUCUCUUUGUACAGAAAUGUUUAAUUAUAUAUGUAAAGUUUGAUUAUAACACUAAGUUUUUAAAUAAUUUUCUCCUGUUAUCAGAUUAUGACAAAGCAUAUGGUAAAUGUCUUAUCUCACAAUAAUAAUUGGAGUGACAGAUUUAUUUGAAAAUUCUCUGUUUCCUAAGUCCUGAUGAUUAUAAGCUAUAUAGGACUGUAUAAAUAGAGUAAGAAAUUUAGUGGUCAUUUUUAGACAUUUUGUAGAUAAUUAAGUCUCACUAAACCAUAUAUAUUCUUACCCCCCAUCCCCCUUCAAUUUGAGAAUGUGCUUUUAUCUUGUAAACAGUCGAGAUCCCCACCCCUAAACCAUAUAUAUUCUUGUAUGGGACAAUAAAACAAAUCAAAUGAAAUAUUGGGGGAGUCCCAGGGUUCACCGCGACCCCCUUCUUUUUGAAAUCUUGCAAACAGUCAAGAUCCCCACCCUGAACCCAUAUAUAUUCUUGUAUGGGACAAUAAAACAAAUCAAAUGAAAUAUAGGGGAAGUCCACGGGGGUAACCCCCACCCCCCUUCUUUUUGAAAACUUGUAAACGGUCGAGAUCCCCGCCCCGAAACCAUAUAUAUUCUUGUAUGGGACAAUAAAACAAAUCAAAUGAAAUAUAGGGGAAGUCCCCUGGGGUAACCCCCACCCCCCCACCCCUUCUUUUUGAAAACUUGUAAACGGUCAAGAUCCCCACCCCUAAACAAUAUAUAUUCUUGUAUGGGACAAUAAAACAUAUCAAAUGAAAUAAAAAGUGAGUCCCCUGGGGGUUUAUAGAUUUUGAAAAGACAUUGUAUUAAUAAUAAAUAAAAUUUUGGUUUUUUUUCUUCUUUUCUUUGGUAAAUUGUUUGAAGAAUUUUGUGGCAAGUUUGUUUGUUAUUCUGUAAAAACUAAUUUUCUGAAUGCUAUAUAUUUUUUUUUGUUGAAGUGAACUCCAUUAAAAACUAAGCUUAUAUUGUCUAUUAAUAAACAUAUAUUUAGAUUUCUGAUUUUGGGCCCAGUUUUCAAGUUGGUCCAAAUGGGGGUACAAAAUUAAACUGUAUUUGAUUUCAACAUAAAUUGAAUAUAUAUAGGGUUCUUUGAAAUGCUUAAUCUAAACCUGUAUUUAUUUGCAUUAUUAAUAAGAUAAUACCACAUUGAGGACCAAAGGGUCCUAAAUUAAACUUUUGUUUAAUUUCAUCAAAAAUUGAAUUCUUUGGUUCUUUGAUAUGCUGAUUCUAACAAUGUUUGAGUGUUAAAUCAUAUUUAAUUUUAGAGAACUUAGUCAUCACUGGUUGUUGUUAUUAUAUUAUUGAUUAUAAUUUGAAAAAUUGCAUCAUAUCUUAUUUUAGAGAACUAUUCAUCCAGUUUGAGUUAUUUCCCUUUGCACAGAAAAUAUUAUGGAUAGAAUUAAACUGUGUUUCAUUUCAAAAUAAAUUAAAUAUAUAUAGGGUUAUUUCAAAUGCUGAAUCUAAACCUGUAUUUAAAUAUUAGAUUUUUGGGCCCAGUUUUCAAGUUGGUCCAAAUCAAACUUUGUUUAAUUCAACAAAAAUUGAAUUUAUAGGGUUCUUUGAAAUGCUGAAUCUAACCAUGUAUUGAGAGAUUUUGGAUUGUGGGCUCCUUUAUCAAAUUGGUCCACAUUGAGGUCCAGAGGGUCCUAAAUUAAACUUUUGUCUGAUUUCAUCUAAAAUUGAAUUCUUGGGGUUCUUUGAUAUGCUGUACUUAGAUUUUGGAUAUUGGACCAUAAUAGGUAAAUGUCCAAUUUCAAAUAUUUCAGUUCUUUGACCACAUUCAUUUUGUGUCAAACCUAUGCUGUGUCAAAUAUUCAAUCACAAUCAAAAUUCAGAGCUGUUUUAAGCUUAAAUGUAGUGUCCAUACUUAACUGUUCCGGGUUCGACCUCUGCAGGAAAAUCCGGUUUGCUGUCACUCUGACAGCCUCUUGUCAUUUAUGAAAGCCUGAUGGACUUUAUAACCUUUUACAUGUAAAGUUAAAAAAAAACUUUUUUUUACAACUGCAAAAUUUUUGUGCUAGUGUAAUGGUAUGAUGUUGCAUUGGUGUCAUCAUCGUUGUCAUCCGAAGAC